CGAUUCUCCUCUUCUUCAUCAAUGGCAGCGAAUCCUGUGGUUUUGAAACAAAUUGCCUUGCUUGGUGGCUGGGCCACGAGUUUGACUGAUAGCAUUAUCUGCAGGUGUUUUCUAUUCUGGUUGCAAACCUCUUAGUAUUGCUUCAGCUGAUACGGAGUACAUGUGUGUGAUCUGAAUGUUGGUGUUUCAAGCAUCACCCUGUGUUAUACGAUAAGCGCUUUGCCCACUCUCUGCUCUACAUUUGUUCUUCUACGUCUAUAGGAAAGUUUGCAACGCAGUUUUCCAACAUACUCUCUCCUUUGUCACGAAAGAGCUUGAAAAUGAAGUCCCAACCCGGAUGUAUCACACUGGAAGAAGAGGAUCCUGCUACAGGUGACCCGAAGCCUGACACACGAACCAGCGCCUCAAUCUUUUCGCCCCCGGAGCAAUCAUAUCGGCGCAGAAGAGAGCGAAGAAAAUCUGAUGUGAAACCGAUCGAUGGCAAGUCGGAACUUCUAGGGUCAAUUGGACAUGCCAUAAAGGAUAAGUUGAAUAACUUAGACCACGAGUUACUGAGCCUGCUUGUGGGCGAGCACGAGGACAAUCCUGAAUUCCGGAAAACACUCGAGAAGCAUUCUAUGAAACAUAAGAUAUACUAUAUACCAGACAAAAUCAUAAACAUGGAAGAUCAUACUUUCAUCGAACGUGAAAUGCCCGUCUCAAAGAACGAUAUAUCUCACGAGAGACCGAACGGUUUGAUCGCUCAAAGGACCUACUCGAACGGCCGCACCAACUACAAAGCUCACAAGCUGUUUCUCAGCGAAAGGAUCGUCCUUGACCAACCCUACGUCUUCGCUAAACUGGGCGACGAGAUUGGAGGCGUUGGUUGUCCGGAUCUUCACUGCAUUUUCCGCCUCGUCAAUGACUGGGAUUCCAUGGAAAGACGUGCCGAUUUGUCGACUUUUGACCAAGAUGAGAAAAUCACUGACGUCUCUUCCAAGAGGCAACUGGUCUACGAUAUCAUGGAGUCGAAAAUUGUUGCUCAGAAUGGACUCAAGCCAAUAUGUGGUAUUUCUAUAUCUUGCUCUGAGCUAUUCUCUGAAGCACCAGAUAUACAGGCUAGCAAGACCGAGCCCGAGGAUGCAUAUUUAACCCCACCAUCGAAGAAGAGGAGAUUUGGACGAAGGCGCGACUCCGGGUAUGAACACAAUUCUACAGAACGAAACUUUUGCAUCAAACUCAUUGGGAUGGGCCCCAAGAUUGAGAAUGGCGAUCUGAGGGCUGAUCUGAACUUGAAGUUCGUCUUGAAGGAUUGAACUCAUGUUCUGAACAACUAGUGGCGGCCCAAAAUCUACUCGAAAGGAAGUUCUCGUCGAACUGUGUGAUUUGUGGGCAGGACCUGCAUUCUGUAUAAUGUUUCAUGGAGUUUUGAUCAAGUAGUGUUGUUAUUUCUAAGUUCCUAGUCACAAACCACAGUGCGGUAGAGAGACUGUGCAUCAUUGUGGUGUUGGUGGAGAAGAUGUCCUUACCCCAAAAGAAAUUUCAUUUUGAAGAAGGAAGAUAGCCCUGGCGCAAAACAAAAGCGAAAACCCCUCAAUAGCACCGAAUGUUUGUUUUAUAGUCGUGUUCCACAAGGCCAAAAGUUUAUGUAUACAGCACACAUUCUAAGAAUGGACGAUGAAUGAAUGAACAAUGCUUUCACA